AUGGAGAAUAAUAUUGUGAGUUCACAUGAUUCAGGAGAAAACCAUGCUUCCAUAGACAUUGAUUCUCUCAGACAAAAGCUUUCUCAGAGAUCCAAUCCUUCCUUGGGGACAACAAUUUGUAUCUACAGAGUCCACAAAAGAAUUCGCAAAAUGAACGAAGAUGCUUACACGCCUGAUAUGGUCUCCAUCGGCCCUUAUUACCGUGGUAUGGAAAACUUAAACCCCAUGGAAGACCUUAAGUUGCAAUAUGCACAGGCACUUCUUGAUCGAACAAGAAAUGGAACCAGUCUGGAGGAGUAUGUGGAAGCUCUCAAGGAGUUAGAAGCUGAAGCCCGAGGUUGUUACUCAGAGCCCAUUGAGUUAAGUCCUAAAGAAUUCUUAGAAAUGAUGCUCCUUGAUGGCUUCUUCAUUAUUGAGUUAUUCAGGAAAAUAUCAAGAUAUGUUCCGGUAGAUGUUAAUGAUCCUAUAUUCUAUUCCAUUUCAAAGAAAGCUAGGGUUGUGAGAGACUUGGUAUUGCUUGAAAACCAAAUACCCAUCUCAGUUCUUCAAAGGUUAUUCGAUCUAAGUAAGGAUCCAAAUGAUAGAUUAACACUUAUCGAAAUGGCUCUCUAUUACUUUGAUGAUUUGGUACCACAAGCUAUGCACAGGUAUCGUCAAAAUAACAUGAACAUUAGACACGACCAUUUACUAGAUCUGCUCAGUUAUACAUUUAGUAUUUCUCUUCCGACCAUUGACGAGCCACCAUUAUUAAGUACACCACUAGAAUCUCUGCCGUGUGUGGUGGAGCUCCGGCGAUCCGGUGUUAAGUUCAAGAAGAGCCUUACAAGUAAUAGCUUGAUUGACGUAAAGUUCAAUAAAGGAGUAUUUGAGAUCCCUCUAUUAUGUAUUACUGAUUAUACAGAUUCCUUUUUUCGGAAUCUUAUUGCUUAUGAGCAAUACCGUUUUCGAGGUAAGCACUACAUAACAUCAUAUGCCAUCUUGAUGGAUUACCUUAUUAACUCUUCUGAUGAUGUGGCUUUUCUUCGUGAUCGUGGAAUCAUUAUGAAUCAUUUGGGUGACGAUAAUAAGGUCUCUUCUCUAUUUAGCAAUCUUUGCAGUGAAGUUACUCAUAGUGACUUUUACUACAGUGAACUUUGUGACAAAGUGAACAGAUAUUAUAAGAGGCGCUGUCACCAAUGGAGAGCGACAUUGAAGGGAGAUUAUUGCAACAAUCCAUGGACGAUCAUUUCAGUGGUUGCAGCAAUUGUAUUACUCUUUCUUACAGCUUGGGGUACUGUAUUUACCACCCUACAGGUCUACAAUGUUCAUGCUUAA